AUGCACAAGGCAUUCAAGGUGAAGGAUCUCGGCCAACUAAGAUAUUUCUUAGGCCUUGAGAUACUUAGAUCACAGAAGGGGAUACUUUUGAAUCAGAGAAAAUAUGUUCUAGAACUCAUUUCAGAUGUGGGACUAAGUGGUAGUAAACCUGCUAUAACUCCUUUGGAGAUGAACAGAAAACUCACCACAGUGGCGUAUGAUGCAACAGUAGGAGUUUCUGAUGAUCCUGAGCUAGAAGAUAUUUUAAGCUUUCAAAAACUCAUUGGGAAGUUGUUGUAUGUGACAAUCACUAGACCUGAUAUUUGUUUUGCAGUUCAGGUACUCAGUCAAUUUAUGCAAAGGCCUAAAUAUUCUCAUAUGGAUAGUGCUUUGAGGAUAGUGAGAUAUCUGAAGGGUGCUCCUGGUUUAGGGAUUCUUCUUCCCCCUAGAGACAUCACUAGUAUGACUGCAUAUUGCGAUGCUGAUUGGGGUGCUUGCCCAAACACUAGGAGGUCGGUUACAGGGUAUGUGAUUAUGCUUAGAUGUUCCAUAGUAUCUCGGAAGUCCAAGAAACAGAACACGGUUAGCAGGAGCUCUGCAGAAGCCGAGUACAGGAGCAUGGCUGCUGUCACUGCAGAGAUUAUUUGGUUGACAGGUCUGCUCAGAGAUCUUGGUGUUGUUCUGUCAUCACCAGUGGGGCUGUUUUGUGACAACAAGGCUGCUUUGCAAAUUGCUAAUAAUCCCAUCUUUCAUGAGAGAACAAAACAUAUAGAGAUUGACUGUUAUUUUUUUUAG